AUGAAAGCCUACACAUCGAAGAAAGCGCUACAAACGGUCGUCGAGAAUUUUCGAAAGCCUCGUCAACUCUUCAUGUACCACCCGCUUAAAUUCGAGAUCAAUCAGACUUUUCCUGGAACCAGAACAACGCUGUAUUCAAGAAAUGUUAAUGGAACAACAUAUUGGUUGGCUAAUAUGAGCAAUCCGUAUGAAAGGGAUCGCCAAAUUUUCACUCACGAUGGAAAAUUUCAAGAGUCGGAAUUUUUAAAAUGUUUCGACGAAUUUGCAAAGACCGUCAAUCUGUUCACUGUCGGCAGUUUGCCGUCUACCGUCGCCGAGAAUUGUUAUACAAAUGCUAUUGUGAAUUAUUUGAACAAAAACAACAUCAAGGUCAAUGUUUCUAAAAAGUCGGCGCAUUUUUUUACAAUGAAUGAGAGCCAAAUUUUCAAAUACAGACAUUACGAAAACAAUGACACAAUUCCAGAAGGAUAUUCUCUUGAUGUACCAGUUCCGGAAGAAGACAUUCAUAUGAUUGUUGGAACUUCAGCCGAAUCACCAACAGAUGAAAAAAAAAUUCUGCUCCUACGUGAGAAACUUCGUCAUUUCCCUGCCCUUUGCGCACGUAAAGGGGAUGAACUUGCUGGAUACAUUUCGUCAGAAUCGCACGGAACAUUCUCAAAUUUACAUGUCUUUGACAGUCAUCGCGGAAAGAAUCUUGGAGAAACAUUGGAGAUUGGAGCAGCAAAAAUGGCAAUUGAAAACGGUAUUCGACCAUCAAAGUUCAUUGAUACUACGAAUCAAUUCUACAUGGAAAAAACCAAAAAGUCGAAAUUGAUGAAUAUCGUCGAAUCAAAUGGGAUUCCUGUUGUCUUUGAUCACACCGUCUAUCAACCAAUAUCCGAAUAUUCAAUUUAA